CGCCGCGACGGUGCAGGCCAGCAGCGACUCAAGCUGCUACGAUUCCUCCCAGCAGGUCUCGCCCGAAUUCGCGUUUAGCAUCGUCCCCGCGCGCCAGAUCGUCGAGUGCUCCGCGACGCGCAUAUGGUGGGACCCCGCGAAAGUGCAAGGGACCCCGAGCUUCCAAGGCGUCAUCCCGGGCGGCCAGUCCUUCGCCAUCCCCGAGUCCAACUUCUCGACCGUCCCCGAGGAGGGCUACGGCUUCACCUGGACGCCGUCCGUGCGCAUCGGCACCACCAUCCUCCUCGUCGGCGGCGACGACCGCGGCGCGGGUUCUGCCGGCUCCGGGCUCUACAUCGUCGGCCAGGGGUCCUCGCAGGCCUGUCUCAACGCGGACUCGCCGAGCUCGACGCCGGGGAAUCCUGCGGGCGGCAGUUACCCCACGAGCACGAGCGGCGCGGGCACGGGCGGGGCGGGGGCAGUAGUGCCACAUCCUCGAGCAGCAGCAGCCACACCAACACGGGCGCGAUCGUCGGCGGCGUCGUCGGCGGCAUCGUCGGCUUCCUCCUCGCGCUCGCGCUCGUCGGCCUCCUCCUCUGGCGCCGCCGGCGCGCGCACCCUACGACGCGCCCCGUCGACCUCCUCCACGGCGCUAACUCGGACGAGGGCGCGGCGGCCCGGGGAGCAGCUCCCGCAGUACUACGAGCCCGAGCCGUUCCUCCUCCCCGAGCCCGAGCCCGACCCGGAGCCGUCCACCACCGGCACCAGCACGCACCAGAUGUCGGAAGUCGGCGGCGGGCGCGGGAGGCGCGAGAGCGGGAGCACGCUGGGCUUCUUGGCGGCGGCGGGGCGGCCCGGGACGCCCUCGGCGACGUCGACGAUGCAGACGCGGAAGAGCGGGAUGCCCCCGAUUCUGCGGCCGGUGAACAUCGUGCAGCACGAGGACGCGGGGCCGCCGGAGGAGGAGGGAGAGGAGGAGGGAGAGCCGGAGACGGUGGAGCUGCCGCCGGCGUAUACGAAUUUGAAGACCACCGCGCCGCCGAGGGGGCCGGAGGGCGGAGAGUCGCCGUCCCCGCUGCCGCGGGCGUAAAACGGGAGCUGUUUCUUGGUUUGGACCGGAUGAGCAUUACUUAUUGUAUGACCGUUGCCUUCAUGCGCCGAUAUCCUUAAUGGUUCUCCUUCGCAUAUCGCUCCGCGUACCCUGCCCUCUUGCAUUUAUAACUUAUUGAAUGGAACGGAUCACUAAGUACCAAUGAAUGUUGAUUACUUUCGUGUGCGCGUACUUACCGUUUGAGCGCUGGAGGAUUCUCUUUUGAACGAUGC